CACUCUUUAUAUAUAUAACCCUACAAAGCCCACCCUUUAAACCGCGUGCACAAAAAUUAAAAAAUUCAGCCCAAAAAUAUUUAAAAUUUUGUUGCAUGGGGCACCAGAUAUCAUUGGAUCGUCCCACAAAUAUAUUUUCCAAGAUUUUCAGUUUAAUUUAUUAAUUCCUAGCUAUUAGUUAACUUUCUUGCUGUUGAUGAAGAUCUGUCUGAAUACUGUCGGAGUCAGAGGAAGAGGAAGAAGAAGAAGUAGGCUUAUGGGGUUGAGAAUUCCCACAGUUUCUCUUACAAUCUUUUGUUUCUUCGUAUGUUUUUCAGAGAGCAUCCGUUUGUUGUCUGUCCAAGGUGGUGAUAUUUCAAACAAGGAUUUAGAAAGCUACAAGAUUGGAGCGAAUAAUAGCAUGGCAAGGAGAAUCGGGGGACUGGGAUCAUCACCGCCGCGAUGCACUUCAAAGUGCGGCGGCUGCACGCCGUGCACGCCGGUUCAUGUGCCGGUGCCGCCGGGGACGCCGGUGACAACAGAGUACUACCCGGAAGCUUGGAAGUGCAAGUGUCGGAACAAAUUCUACAUACCCUAAUCCUAAUGCUCACCCAUCAUAACUAUUAAUUUUUAUUUUCAGUUUAUUCAUCCCCAAUUAUAUACUCCUAUAUAUGUUAUGUUUUCUUGGUGACAAAUUAUUAUGUACAAAAAUUAUUUCUAUGAUUACAAGUUUUAAAUAGUCGUUUCCGAUAAUACAUGAAAGUACUAUUAUAAUCA